GGAGAAAGAGCUCGCGGCUUGGUGGACAGCUCGCGUUCUCAUCUGCAGUCCAAAGUGUCCUUGAGUGCUUUAUACACUUCAUGAAAAAAAUGAAACAUUUGCCUCAGCAGUUAUAUUUGCUUUCAGACUUUUUUUAAUCCUCUCAUUUUCAUGUCACGUAUCUAAAAUUUGAUCUAAAUAAAUUUAAAUCAAAUUAACCUAUAUUUAAUAUAAGACUAUUUUUUAUUAAAGUAAAUCCUAAAUGAUAUGUGACUGCAGAUGCUAUCUUUAUGUAACCACAUGGCUCUUCACGUCUUAUCAGGGCCACUGGGCAAGGGAAGAUCGCUAGGACCUGCAGUGUGUUAGUGUCUGUCUGAGGUUGAUUAAAUCUGAGACCGAUAGCCUGAUAAUAAGGGCUUUAUUUUUGUAUUUUCUCUUUCACUUUUAACAUCACAGAGUUUCUACACCACUUUGACAGUGGCAGGAAAAGCUCGCCUCCCUGGGCCUCCCUGGGCCUCGCUGGGGGCCUCGCUGCCACCGCAGCGUCCUCUCCUUGCUGGCAAAGCCCUGGCGAGGCCCUGCCCAGCUCCUUGACCCUGUAGAAAACUGGAAGAUAGUUUUAGAGCCAUCCCAGAAUUCAUGAUGAGGUGGAAAAUAAUAUACUUAAGGAGCUAAGACUAUUAAUCCUUAAUGUUUAGAGGGUGAUAAAAAGAAACAGCCUCUAAGAAUCCCAGUAUGCAUGACAUUUUGUGCAGAGGAUAAAGACCAGUUGUUCCAAACUCAGGACACUGUUAUGAGUUUAGAUAGUACGUAAGUGGUAAUUCCUUGAUUAUGCAAUCUCCCUGCUGUUAACUUUAGAUACCAAAGAGGAACCACACCAUGUCCUUCUUCUGUGGUCUUUAAAAAAGGAUUAUGUUUGGUCUUACUGAAAUAAUACAGUUUACUCCUGCAUGAAUUCCAUGGUGAUAGAAUUUUAAAGGUUCAAACUAGCAUUACAGUUUUGUUUUGCUUUGUUUUAAUACACAGCUCCAGAAUGGCAGAAGACGACCCAUAUUUGGGAGGGCAUGAACAAAUGUUUCCUUUGAAUCCUUUGAAUCAUACAAUAUUUAAUCCAGAAUUAUUUCAGCCAGAGAUGGCACUGCCAACAGAUGGCCCAUAUCUUCAAAUAUUAGAGCAACCUAAACAGAGGGGGUUUCGCUUCCGCUACGUGUGUGAAGGCCCGUCCCACGGCGGACUGCCCGGCGCCUCCAGUGAAAAGAACAAGAAGUCCUACCCGCAGGUCAAAAUCUGCAACUAUAUGGGACCAGCAAAGGUUAUUGUUCAGUUGGUCACAAAUGGAAAAAAUAUCCACCUGCAUGCGCACAGCCUGGUGGGAAAGCACUGUGAGGAUGGGAUCUGCACUGUGAAUGCUGGACCCAAGGACAUGGUGGUCGGCUUUGCAAACCUGGGUAUACUGCAUGUGACAAAGAAAAAAGUAUUUGAAACACUGGAAGCACGAAUGAUAGACGCGUGUAUAAGGGGCUAUAAUCCUGGACUCUUGGUGCACCCUGACCUUGCGUAUUUGCAAGCGGAAGGUGGUGGGGACCGCCAGCUCACAGACCGGGAGAAGGAGCUCGUGCGCCAGGCGGCCCUCCAGCAGACCAAGGAGAUGGACCUCAGCGUGGUGCGCCUCAUGUUCACCGCCUUCCUCCCCGACAGCACCGGCAGCUUCACGCGGCGCCUGGAGCCCGUGGUGUCCGACGCCAUCUACGACAGCAAAGCUCCCAAUGCAUCCAACUUGAAGAUUGUAAGAAUGGACAGGACAGCUGGCUGUGUAACUGGAGGGGAAGAAAUCUAUCUUCUCUGUGACAAAGUUCAGAAAGAUGACAUCCAGAUUCGCUUUUAUGAAGAGGAGGAAAGCGGCGGAGUCUGGGAAGGGUUUGGAGACUUUUCCCCCACAGACGUUCAUAGACAAUUUGCCAUUGUCUUCAAAACUCCAAAGUAUAAAGAUGUCAACAUUACAAAACCAGCCUCUGUGUUCGUCCAGCUUCGAAGGAAAUCUGAUUUGGAAACUAGUGAACCAAAACCUUUUCUCUACUAUCCUGAAAUCAAAGAUAAAGAGGAAGUGCAAAGGAAGCGGCAGAAGCUCAUGCCCAAUUUCUCGGACAGCUUCGGUGGCGGCAGUGGUGCCGGAGCUGGAGGCGGAGGCAUGUUUGGUAGUGGCGGUGGAGGAGGGGGUGCUGGAAGUACAGGUCCAGGAUACGGCUUCCCGAACUAUGGAUUUCCUACCUAUGGCGGAAUCACCUUCCAUCCUGGAGCCACCAAAUCGAAUGCUGGGAUGAAGCAUGGAACUUUAGACACUGAAUCUAAAAAUGACCCUGAAGGUUGCGACAAGAGUGAUGACAGAGAGACUGUGAAUCUCUCUGGGAAAGUUGCUGGAACCACAGAGCAAGACAAGGCGUCCGGCAAGCCCAGCAGCGGGGAUGCAGAGGGGGUGCAGGACGAGAACUCCAGGUUCCAGGGUCAUCCUAGACUGUACUUGGAAGACUUCUUCUAUAAAAGGAAAGGAUAUGUAUGGACACAUCAGAACACAUGCUGGUGGCCGGGCCACUCACGCCAUACCUACAGAGCAAGCGCGAGACCCAGCUGCGGCUGUGCUCCUUGCCUUCCAGAUAACCUCUUUCUGGAGAAGGCCAUGCAGCUGGCCAAGAGACACGCCAGCGCCCUCUUCGACUAUGCGGUGACGGGAGACGUGAAGAUGCUGCUGGCUGUCCAGCGCCAUCUCGCCGCGGCGCAGGAUGAGAAUGGGGACAGUGUCUUACACUUAGCAAUCAUCCACCUUCAUGCUCAGCUUGUGCGGGAUCUGCUAGAAGUCACUUCUGGGUUGAUUUCUGAUGAAAUUAUCAACAUGAGAAAUGACCUGUACCAGACACCCUUGCACCUGGCAGUGCUCACCAAGCAGGAAGAAGUGGUGGAGGAUUUGCUGAGAGCCGGGGCCGACCUGAGCCUUCUGGACCGCCUGGGGAACUCUGUCUUGCACCUGGCUGCCAAAGAAGGACAUGAGACAGUUCUCAGCAUCUUACUCAAGCACAAAAAGGCAGCACUACUUAUCAACCACCCCAAUGGGGAAGGUCUGAGCGCCAUCCACCUAGCCAUGGUGAGCAACAGCCUGCCCUGUCUGCUGCUGCUGCUGGCCGCCGGGGCGGACGUCAACGCCCAGGAGCAGAAGUCUGGGCGCACGGCCCUGCACCUGGCCGUGGAGCACGACAACAUCUCCUUGGCCGGCUGCCUGCUUCUGGAGGGUGACGCCCACGUGGACAGCACCACCUACGAUGGAACUACGCCCCUGCACAUAGCGGCUGGGAGAGGGUCCACCAGGCUGGCAGCUCUUCUCAAAGCAGCAGGCGCGGACCCCCUGCUGGAGAACUGCGAGCCCCUCUAUGACCUGGAGGACUCCUGGGACAGUGCUGAGGAGGACGAAGGCGUCGUGCCGGGAACCACACCGCUGGACAUGGCCGCCAGCUGGCAGCAGGUAUUUGACAUAUUGAAUGGGAAACCGUAUGAGCCAGAGUUUGCAUCUGAUGAUUUACUAGCACAAGGAGACAUGAGACAGCUGACUGAAGAUGCAAAGCUGCAGCUCUGCAAGUUGCUGGAAGGGCCUGAUCCAGACAAAAACUGGGCUGCUCUGGCACAGAAGCUGGGGCUGGGGGUGCUUAACUGCGCCUUCCGGCUGAGCCCCGCUCCCGCCAAAACGCUCAUGGACAACUAUGAGGUCUCGGGGGGCACGGUCCAGGAGCUGGUGGGGGCGCUGAGGCAGAUGGGCCACGAGGAAGCCAUCGCAGUGAUCCAGGCAGCCUCCGGCCCCCGCACGGCCGCCCCGCCGCCCCGCUCGCCCUGCUCCACAAGGCAGCAAAUAGACGAGCUCCGAGACAACGACAGCGUCUGCGACAGCGGCGUGGAGACCUCCUUCCGCAGACUCAGCUUCUCGGAGCCUCUGAGCAGCAGCAGCCCGCUGCUGCCUCUGAACAAAAUGCCCCCCGACUUCGGGCAGGAGGGACCUAUCGAAGGCCAGAUUUAGUGCGGGAGCCGCCGCGUGAACCAAAGCCCUAAAGUUCCACGGCAGCGCCCCAAGGAAGGAAGGUAAAGUGCGUCCAGAGGUGCUCGGAGGAAAGCUGGCCUGCCUGAUUGGUCCUCGAUUUAAUUCAAGGCCGUUUGAACUUGACUUCCUUUCUUGGCUCGCAACUGAGUUCCAGUCCGGUUCACCUGCAGAUGGUGCCUAGCAGUCUCGGGCUGGCUGGGCCACGGCCUGGGCCGGUGGCUGAUUGAGCUUUGCUGGCUGCUCCGGGAUCACGGGUGCUUCUGUUGUUGCUGCUGCUGCCCCUGCUGCCUCCCGCUGUCAUUAAAAGAUGUCACUGUCCCCACUCUGUGUUCUCUCUGGCCAUCCACAGCAUCCAGCUUAAGAAUAAGAAAAGGGAUAUUUUAAAAUGAGAGUCACUUGGUGUGCAAUAAAAGAGGCUCAUUGCUUUUUCUAAGGUGGUUAUCUCUGUGAUUUGAAAAAAGAGAACAUGUACUUGUCAAUAUUUAAACAUGGUUACAAUCAGUGCUGAAAGUGGUAUUUUCCCCCUUUUCUGCAUUUUGCUAUUGUAAAUAUGUUUUUUAGAUCAAAACUUUAAAGAAAAAAUGUUGGAUUUAUAAAUGCUAUUUUUAUUUUACUUUUAUAAUAAAAGGAAAAGCAAAUUGAUGACCUCA